ACGUCAUCAACAUGCGUCAGAAACGGGUGAAAGGGCACACCGCCGGUGUUUGAUAAGGCGAGUCCACGGAGGUUGUUUUAAGGCUUUCAUAAUGAACGCGAACAGCUUCCUCGCGCUGUCCAGAGCUUUCUCACGCGGAAAGGACAGACUCGUCUGUCGCGCGUGGCACGCGGGGAAACAGGCGCUGCGUGUCCAGCAGCGGAGGACGAUCAGGACUCAUUCCAGGAGUCUGGCCUACGCCAAGGAUCUGUUCCUGGGUCAGAUCAACAAGGCCGAGGUCUUCCCUUAUCCAGAGAUCGGAAACGAGGAGCUGGAGGAGGUGAAGCAGUUUGUUGCACCGGUGGAGAAGUUCUUCAACGAGGAAGUCGAUUCAGCGAAAAUCGAUCGAGAAGCCAAAAUCCCAGCAGAGACUCUGAAUGGGCUGAAGGAGCUGGGCUUGUUUGGAAUCAUGGUCCCUGAGGAAUACGGUGGCCUCGGACUCUCCAACACCAUGUACGCCCGGCUGAACGAGAUUAUCGCUCUGGACGGCUCUAUCGCCGUCACUCUGGCCGCGCAUCAAGCCAUCGGUCUGAAGGGGAUUCUGAUCGCUGGGAACGAAGCCCAGAAGAAGAAGUAUCUGCCCAAGCUGGCUUCAGGAGAACACAUCGCCGCUUUCUGUCUUUCAGAACCUGGCAGUGGAAGUGAUGCGGCUUCCAUUCAGACUCGGGCGACUCUGUCUGAAGACGGGAAACAUUUCCUGAUCAACGGUUCCAAGUUCUGGAUUUCGAACGGAGGCUUCGCAGACAUUAUGACGGUGUUCGCUCGGACCGAAGUGGAAGUCGACGGGGUGAAGAAAGACAAGAUCACUGCCUUCAUCGUGGAGAAGGCCUUUGGGGGCAUCAGCAGCGGCAAACCUGAGGACAAACUCGGCAUCAGGGGUUCCUACACGUGUGAAGUGUCCUUCGACAACGUUCCUGUUCCUGUGGAAAACGUGAUCGGAGAAGUAGGAGGCGGGUUCAAGGUCGCCAUGAACAUCCUGAACUCUGGGAGGUUCAGCAUGGGCAGUUCUUGUGCUGGAAUGAUCAAAAAGCUGAUGGAGUUGACCUCUGAGUACGCCGUCAGCAGGAAGCAGUUCAACAAAAGCCUGAGUGAAUUUGGGAUGAUCCAGGAGAAGUUUGCUCUGAUGGCCAUCAAUGCCUUCGUGAUGGAGAGCAUGGCGUACCUGACUGCGGGGAUGAUGGAUCGACCAGGAGUCCCAGAUUGUUCGUUAGAGGCCGCCAUGGUUAAGGUCUUCAGCUCAGAGGGAGGCUGGAUUUGUUGCAGUGAGGCUCUGCAGGUCCUGGGAGGCCUGGGCUACACUAAGAACUACCCGUUUGAGCGCUACGUCAGGGACUGUCGCAUCCUGCCCAUCUUCGAGGGGACAAACGAAAUCCUGAGGAUGUACAUCGCGCUCACCGGGAUGCAGUACGCCGGCAGCGUGCUCACGGGAAAAAUCAAGGACAUGAAGAAGGGAAACGUAUUCAUGGCCCUCAGCGAGGCUGGGAAGAGGCUGAAGACGUCACUGGGAGCGACGGAGGAUCUCGGCCUGACGGGGAAGGACGGGGUGGUUCAUCCCAGCCUGAAGGAAAGCGCUAAGAAACUGGAGCAGAACGUGAACUUUUUCAAGACGACGGUGGAGAGCCUUCUGUACAGAUACGGGAAGACCAUCGUGGACGAACAGCUCGUCCUGAAGAGGGUGGCGGACGUCCUGAUCAACCUCUACGCCAUGACGGCCGUCCUGUCCAGAGCCAGCCGCUCCAUCAGCAUCGGCCUCAGGAAUCACGACCAUGAGGUUCUGCUCACCAACACAUUCUGCAACGAUGCCUACUUCAAGAAUAAUUACUCCAUGGUUCAGCUGCAGAAACAUUCUCCAGAAAACAACGACGCCAGCAUCAAGAAGAUCGCCCAGGCGGUUCUGGAGAACAGAUCCUAUAUUUGCUCUCACCCUCUUGAAAGAACAUUCUGAUUUCUCUGCUGCCUCAGUUUCUGUGGCCAGAGGAGAAACGCAGCACGAUCACUGUGUUUUCUCAGCCGUGGUCGUUGAGCAAACAGUUUUUUUUUUAAAGUCCAGAUUUCUUGUAAAUUGCCGUGUGUAAUAACAUGUUUAGGAGAUGGAUCAUAUCUGCUUCUCCCAGUCGGACUUCUUCUCUGAGAAAGUCAAGAAUAAUUUGUGAUGCUUAUUUAUGGCUUUAGUGAGCCAUAAACUCGUUUUAAUAUUUUUGUUGCAGCUGUCAGGUUUUUAACAGAAAUAAAUGAGUGACUUUAAACUGAAA